AUGCCAACACAAGAGGAACAAGCAUUACUUUUAGCCUUACAAAGAAAAUCUGGAACAAAAAAAUCUCCAACAAUUAAACUUCUCGAAACAUUUAAUACAGCUAUAAUGCCUUUCUUUUUGGUUGCUAAUUAUGAAGAUAAAGAUUUGCUUGUUAAAUGGCAAAAUGGUUAUAUUUUAGAUUUUUCAGAAAAAUUUUAUAAAAAUUUUUUUUCAGCUGCAAUUGAUCUUUUUGAACAUCCCCCUUAUUCAAAUUUAUUAAAAACAGGAAUGACUAGUGAUUAUUUAGUUACACAAGAAGUUAGAAGAAUGGGAGCUGAAACUGCGCCUCUUUUAGCUACUUCUGUUGUUUUUAUGAUUAUUUUUGUUGUCUCAACAUCUUUUAGAGCUAAAAGAGAAGAAAAUCGUUUUGUUGAAUGUUUUAUUGGUUGCUUAGUUCCGCUUUUUGCUAUGUCAACAGCAAUAGGUUUAAUGGCAGCCACAGGCUACAAAUUUCAGUCAAUUAUUGUAGCUGCUUUGUUUUUGGUUCUUUCUGUUGGUGUUGAUGAUAUUUUUAUUUUGAUGCGUGCCUGGCACAGAACAAAUAAAAUAUUUAAUAAAAAUAAUAAUUUUGAUAAUAUAAAUGAAAUAGCUAAAAGAAUGGCUUUGUGUUUAGAAGAUGCUGGUCCUUCAAUAACUAUAAGUUCACUUACAAACGUUAUUUCAUUUGCCAUUGGAGCGUUUUCUGAUACUCCAGCAGUUAGAACUUUUUGUAUUUUUUCGGCCUUGGCAAUUACAAUUUGUUGGCUAUAUCAAUUAGUUUUCCUUUCUUCAAUUAUUUGUUUUAAUGAAAAUAGAGAAUUAAUUAAUAAAAGAAGGAAAAGAAAGGGAGGAAAAAAUAAUAAUGAAAAUAAUAAUUAUUAUUUUAUUAGUGGGCAAUCUCAUAAUUUUUAUUCAAUUGCCGCAUCUAUAACAAUCAAAAUUCAUAAUGAUGUUAUUAAAUUUUGGGCGUGGGCUGUUACACAGUGGGUAACAAGAAUCCUUCUUGCAUUAUUUAUGUGCUGUUAUUUUUUCCUUUGCUGGUUUGGUAUUCGAAAACUUCAAUCAAAUAUUUCAAUAGACAAAAUGGCCUUACCAAACUCUUAUCUACACGAUUUUCAAAUGCAAUUUGAAAUGGCUUUGAGAAAUAUGCAGCCAAUUAGUGUUUUUGUUUUGCAUCCUGGGGAUAUGAGGGAUUUACAACAAUUAUCUAGAAUUAGACAACUUGUUUGGGAUUUUGAACAUGCAUUAAAUAGUUAUGGACAAGAAUCUACAUUUUUCUGGCUUCAACAAUAUGAAGACUUUCUUCGAUUUUACAGCAAUGGAAAUGAUAAUUUUGACGAUCAUGAGGUGACAUACUUAACAAUUUUGGACUUAAAAAAUUAUUUUUUUAAAAAGAUUGACCCAUCAGAUGAAUUUUCUUCUCCCCGUUUCACUUAUACAGAAAUUCCAGCAUUUUUUAAAUCUGCAGCAUAUUUUUAUUUAAGUUCCUUUGUUCAUUAUAAUGAAAGUGCUUGCCGUUUGAAUAGGCCCGAAUGUAUUAAUUCUUUCUUUUUUGUUACUAAUUUUCAUCGAGUUAUUAAAUAUCAUGAAUUAGUGCCUACGGUUAAUGAAUGGAGAAGAAUAGCUGCCCAUUAUUCUGAUAUGCAAGUUUAUGCUUAUAGUGAUCACACUCCUUUUGUUGAUCAGACAAUUUCAAUAGAUCAAACAGUUUUGGGAAGUGUGGCAGCUGCCUUAUUUUGUACUUGUAUUGUUUGCAUGUUAUUUAUACCUUAUUUUUUAAGUGUAAUUGCUGCGGUAUUUUCUGUGUUUUCCAUUAGUUGGGGUAUUUUUGGAAUUUUAUCAAUGUGGAAUAUAGAUUUGGAUCCAAUAUCUAUGGCCUCACUUUUAAUGAAUCCCCGAUUGAGAAUGCAACAAGCUUUGACAGUCAUUGGUUAUCCAAUGGUGCAGGUUGGUGUCUCUACAAUCGUUGCCCUUCUCCCUCUCCUUUUUAAACAGUCAUAUUUGGCUAUGGUUUUUCUUAAGGUAAGUUUUGUGUAA